AUGGAGUUCCGCGCAUCUGAUCGGUAUAUGCUUCGCCGGCAUCGCGCUCGGUCAGUCGUACUUACGCCGCAGGAGCUCACGGAAGUUCGGGCAGCUCAGCGUACAUUUGAAGGAGCCUACAUUAGGACCGCUCUGGGCCAAUUUUCCUUUGCACUUGUAGUGCUCAAGAUAUUUACGGCCGAGUUCUACAGCAUCGGCGUUCUCUUUGCCGUCUAUGGUGCUGGCGUACUCUUCGCAAGUCUUUUCCGGAGGCAGCAAGGGAACAAGCAGUUCUUUUCUGAAGUCGGUGAAGACGGGCUCAAUCGGAGGAAAUUUCGGACUAGCGGAAACGUUGUGGUAGUUCUGACAGCAUUAAGUAUCGCUGCUUAUGCUAGCUUACUGGCACUCACUCUGAAGAUUGAUUCCUGA